UUCACGUUGACUUUCACAAUCAAAUUGCAGGUAGCAGGAAACUGCUUGGCAAAUAAUACAAUGCAAGUGGCAUAUACUACGUGACCUCUAUAUAGCAAAAGAAUUCAAGUAUUUGACAUAUCAGUAUGAAACAAAAUGGAUUCCGUGACCACUCAAUUAGGAGUCUCUUCUUCCUCUUUCAACCAUUCAUGGACAUAUGAUGUCUUUCUCUGUUAUAGAGGCGCGGAUACCCACAACAAUUUUACAGACCACUUGUACAGCAAUUUGCUUCAAAAGGGAAUUAAAACCUUCCUAGCUGAUGUGCUUCUUAGAAGAGGAGAAGAACUAACAUUACCAACGCUUUAUAAAAUCAUUGAAGACUCAAGGAUCUCUAUCAUCAUAUUCUCUGAAAAUUUUGCAUCCUCCGGCUGGUGCUUGGAUGAACUAGUUGAGAUCCUUCAAUGUAGAGAAUCAAAGCAGCAAAUAGUUUGGCCAGUUUAUUACAAGGUGGAUCCCAUGGAUGUGCGCAACCAACAAGGCAGUUUUGGUGAGGCACUUGCUAACCAUGAAAACAAAUUCAGAGAUGACAUGGAGAAGGUGCUGAGAUGGAGGGCAGCUCUUACAGAAGCAACAAAUUUGCCUGGGUGGUAUUUCUUGGACGGGCACAAUUCUAAAUUUAUUGAUAACAUUGUUGAAGAGAUUUCAGCACAAGUAUUAAACCGCACCUAUUUAAACGUGGCAAAGUAUCCGGUUGGAAUAGAGUCUCGUGUACAAGAUAUGAAUGAGCUUUUAGGAGUUGGAGUAAAUGAUGUUCGCAUGGUAGGUAUAUGGGGGAUUCAUGGAAUAGGUAAGACAACAAUUGCUAAAGCUGUUUAUAAUUCGAUUGCCCAUGAGUUUGAAGGUAGCUGUUUUUUGGAAAAUGUUAGACCAAAUUCAAUGGAACGUGGAGGCCUAGUCCAGCUACAAAAGAUUGUUCUUUCUGAGAUUCUAGGGGAAGAGCAAUUGGAGUUGACCGAUGCUGAUGAAGGAAUAAAUGUGAUAAAGAAAAGGUUGAGCCGCAAAAGGGUCCUCUUAAUUCUUGAUGGCGUGAAUCAAAUGGAACAAUUAAAAAAAUUAGUUGGAGGGUCAGAUUGGUUUGGUUUGGGCAGUAGAAUCAUCAUAACAUCGAGAGAUAAACAUUUGUUAACCGGUCAUCAAGUUAACCUAAUAUACGAGGUGGAGGAAUUAGAUUUUGACGAAGCUUUUGAGCUCUUCAGUUGGAAUGCCUUCCCAAUAAAUAAACUUCCAGAUGAUUAUGCUAAAGUGGCUGCUGCAAUAGUGCACUAUGCUAAAGGGAUUCCAUUAGCUCUCACAAUUAUAGGUUCCUUCCUAUGUGGUAGAAGCAUAGAUCAAUGGAGAAUUACAUUAGACGGUUACAGAAGAGUUCCUAACUUAGAGAUUCAAGACAUUCUCAAAAUAAGUUACGAUGCACUAGAAGAUUCGGUGAAAGAAGUUUUCCUUGACAUUGCAUGUUUCUUAAACGGUAAAAAUAAGAAGUAUGUGAUAAAAAUGCUGGAAAGUUGUCACCUCAACCCUGAGUAUGGUAUUGAAGUACUGAUAGAAAAGGCCUUCAUAAUUAUUAAGAAAGAUCAUAUUUGGAUGAAUGACCUGAUAGAAGAACUGGGUAAAGAAAUAGUACUUCGCCAAGAUUCUUUAACCGGGCGUGAUAGACGUAGCAAAUUGUGGUUUUACAAGAAUGUUAUCCAUGUUCUAUCGGAAAAUAAAGGAAUAAGUAAAACUAAAGGCAUCGUGGUAAAGUCGCAUGUAGCAGAUGAGAAACACUUGAGCUCUAAAAGCUUCUUAAAGGCUACUUCAGCAAAGUGGAUCUUUUUACUCAUUGCCCUCUGCCUAGAGAUUUUGUCACUUGCUUUUGAUCAGGCUUCCUCUCCAAGCAAUCCCCACUAUGCAUUAUUUGGUAUGAUGUUGGCCAUUGUUGCUGUACUGAUUUGCAUAUUGGAGCUCAUUUACAAGGGUAAAAAGGAAAGAGUUGAACUGAGGAGGUGGAGGACGUUGUGGUGGUUUUAUUAUCCACGUCCCCAGCGAAGGCUAUAUGGUAGUCUUCCUGACAUUUAUGGAUUAGUUGGUGCCAUCUCUCAGUGCAUUUGCUCGACAGUUCAGUAUGUGUGCUUCAUCCGGCAUGAUCAAAAUCCUAUCAAAGUCUCCCUUUGGCCUGCCAUCUUUCUUAUAUGUUUGGGUGCUUCAAGAUUGAAUUGGAUUAGAAUGGACGAGACAGAUGAACAAAAUGAGUGAACAUGGGCAUUUAGGUUAUGUCUCAGCUUCUUGUUUGUGAGUUUCAUUGGUUAGGUUCUAGUAACUGUAAUGAUUUUGCGUUAAACCUGAUAAAAAGAAAAUAUUUCAUCAAUUGCAUGUAAGUGAUUAAUCAAAAGAAAACUCCUUGCAGAUGCAUGCCGGAAUGAAUUUUGAAAUUUCAAUUAUUUUAAAUUGAAGUUAGAAGAC